AUGCUCCAAGAGGAGGAGGAGAGUGCUGAGGAAAAACAAGGGAGCUGUGCACGGAGAUGCAACACCCACUAUGACGCCAACCGGAACCCAGACCCGACGCCCACCCCAACCCAGACCAGCUCAGCCUGCAAGCUGACUGGCGUGCUCCAGGACGCCAACCUGACUGUGGGCAGAGAAAUAGCACGAACAAAGCAGACGGCGCGGAAGCCCAUUGGCGGCAAAGCACCUCGCAAACAGCUGGCUACCAAAGUAGCUCGGAAGAGCGCGCCAGCCACGGGGGGCGUGAAGAAGCCGCACAGGUGCUGGCCGGGCACUAUAGCACUGCGCGAGAUUCGUCACUACUGGAAGUCCCCAGAACUUCUGAUUGGUAAGUUACCCUUCCAGCGCCUGGUCCGGGAGAUUGCGCAGGACUUUAAGAUGGACCUGCGUUUCCAGAGCUCGGCUGUAAGGGCACUGCAGGAAGUCUGUGAGGCAUACCUGGUGGGUCUUUUUGAAGACACCAACCUAUGUGCCAUCCAUGCCAACCGUGUCACUAUUAUGCCCAAGGAUAUUCAGCUGGCACGCCAUAUCCACGGAAAAUGUGCCUAA